UGGUAAUCUUCAUAAUGCUAGUUGUUUCAAACAAUCCAUUAUCUCUCAAUCAGAGGUCAAUCAUGCUACUAUACCACUUGACCGAUUUCCGGAAGCUAUUACAAGUAGACGCAUGGGUUCAAGCAGCCAUGAUGGCCUUCGCUACAUCAGGAUUGGGGGAAGUUACUGUAUUUUGCAUUUCGUCAUUUCGAAGUCCUCGCAGCAAAUAUUUUUCGACCUCAACUUUCAUAAUUAUCGGACGAUUAGUUAUUUGUAUCAUCGGACUAUUUUCGUUGUUAGACAAAUUUUCUUUACUCAAACAAAGGUAUCCUGAUUACCGUGAACCUUCCUAUAACUCGGGUUCUUUAUCUUCCAUUUUACUCACCACUGAUGUCUACAGUAUCUUUAGUGACUUUCCACAGCGAAUGUUUGACCAUGCCGAGCUUCUGCUUAUCUAUCACAUG